CGCCACUUUCUGCUCUGUGGCUGCCCAUUGCCACGAUCCAGGAGGACUCCGCGCCGCCCGGCCGCCUCCGAGCUCGGGCCCCAUGUGAGGGCCCCCCCUUAUCCCACCUUUCCGGCUAGGUGAGGGCGCGAGCGGGCGAGCGAGCGAGAGUGGUGAGGGGGGACGGAAAAGCAGAAUUACCUGUAGCUCUUGUUCUGCCAUCUCGGGCGCUCUCACACACCUUCACCUGCACAGACUUGAAAGUCCAGUUUCACCAGAGGCUGAGGCUCCAGGAAAAGGGGAGCGAGUUCAUUGGAUCAAACAUGUCACAAGAGUCGGACAAUAAUAAACGUCUGGUGGCUUUAGUGCCCAUGCCCAGUGACCCUCCCUUCAAUACCCGAAGAGCCUACACCAGUGAAGAUGAAGCCUGGAAGUCGUAUUUGGAGAAUCCCCUGACGGCCGCCACCAAGGCGAUGAUGAGUAUCAAUGGGGACGAGGACAGUGCUGCUGCGCUGGGCCUGCUAUAUGACUACUACAAGAAACUGUCUUGGCACCAGUGAAGCCCAGAGUAAUUUGAGUGGAGGAGAAAACCGAGUGCAGGUCCUAAAGACUGUUCCAGUGAACCUUUCCCUAAAUCAAGAUCACCUGGAGAAUUCAAAACGGGAACAGUACAGCACAAACGUCCCCGAGAGCCCGGCCAUUCUCCCUGUGUCAGGAAUCACGGUGGUGAAAGCUGAAGAUUUCACACCGGUUUUCAUGGCCCCACCUGUGCACUAUUCCCGGGGAGAUGGUGAGGAGCAGCGUGUGGUUAUCUUUGAACAGCCUCAGUACGGCGUGCCCCCCAUGGCCAGCCAUAGCGCCUACCUCAAGGAUGACCAGCGCAGCACUCCGGACAGCACGUACAGCGAGAGCUUCAAGGACGGAGCCCCAGAGAAAUUUCGGAGUGCUUCAGUUGGGGCUGAGGAAUACAUGUUUGACCAGACAUCAAGUGGCACGUUUCAGUACACCCUGGAAGCCACCAAAUCUCUCCGUCAGAAACAGGGAGAGGGCCCCAUGACCUACCUCAACAAGGGACAGUUCUAUGCUAUAACGCUCAGUGAGACUGGAGACAACAAAUGCUUCCGGCACCCCAUCAGCAAAGUCAGGAGCGUGGUGAUGGUGGUCUUUAGUGAAGACAAAAACCGAGACGAACAGCUGAAAUACUGGAAGUACUGGCACUCUCGGCAGCAUACAGCGAAGCAGAGGGUCCUCGACAUAGCUGAUUACAAGGAGAGCUUUAAUACAAUUGGAAACAUUGAAGAGAUUGCAUAUAAUGCUGUUUCCUUCACCUGGGAUGUGAAUGAGGAGGCAAAGAUUUUCAUCACUGUGAAUUGCCUGAGUACAGAUUUCUCCUCCCAAAAAGGGGUGAAAGGACUUCCUUUGAUGAUUCAAAUUGAUACAUACAGUUAUAAUAAUCGUAGCAAUAAACCCAUUCAUAGAGCUUAUUGUCAGAUCAAGGUCUUCUGUGACAAAGGAGCAGAAAGAAAAAUCCGAGAUGAAGAGAGAAAGCAGAACAGAAAGAAGGGGAAAGGCCAGGCUUCUCAAACCCAGUGCAACAACUCCUCUGAUGGGAAGUUGGCAGCAAUACCGUUACAGAAAAAGAGCGACAUCACCUAUUUCAAAACGAUGCCUGAUCUGCACUCACAGCCCGUCCUCUUCAUCCCAGAUGUUCACUUUGCAAACCUGCAGAGGACAGGACAGGUGUACUACAACACAGAUGAUGAACGAGAAGGCAGUGUCCUUGUGAAAAGGAUGUUCAGGCCCAUGGAGGAAGAGUUUGGCCCAGCACCUUCCAAGCAGAUGAAAGAAGAAGGCAUGAAGCGAGUGCUUUUGUACGUGAGGAAGGAGACUGAUGAUGUGUUUGAUGCUUUGAUGUUGAAAUCUCCCACGGUAAAGGGCCUGAUGGAAGCGAUAUCUGAGAAAUACGGGCUGCCUGUGGAGAAGAUAGCAAAACUUUACAAGAAAAGCAAAAAAGGCAUCUUGGUGAACAUGGAUGACAACAUCAUUGAGCACUACUCAAAUGAGGACACCUUCAUCCUCAACAUGGAGAGCAUGCUGGAAGGCUUCAAGAUCACGCUCAUGGAGAUCUGAGCCCUGAUCUCGGCAUCCCCUGGGCAGGAGCCCUGGGCGCAUUCCUCCCCGAGAGGGACAGAGGCUGCAGCCCCAGAACCUGCAGACCCACCUCACCCAUCUCACAACUGCUGUUACACAACCACACUGGGGAGCGGGCAAAGCACGAAGCCCCAUCCCUUGGAGGUGUGUUUGGCCCCUCCCUCAGCUCCUGCUGUGGGCUGAAGCCAGAGCCCCUCAGGAAGGUGGCUUGGGCCUUGUGGACCCUUAUUUAUUGUCCACCUUUCUCUGGAGCUCACCAGGACUGUGCAGGUCACUGCUGGCACCAGAUGAGGCCGUCCAGAGCCCUCCCCUUCAUGCAAGCACAGCCAGUCCAUUCAUCUUGAAGAGCCUGAGCUGCCGCGGCCCUUCUGUCUCUCCUCUCUGUUUCUCCUGAGUGGCUGGACAAAAUGAGCUGCUGCUUAGUCCAGUCAUCAGAGGUGUGGUGAGAGGUGGGUGCGCCUUACUGGCCAGAAACCUUCAGGUUGCUUCGGGGAAGGUCAGCUUGCUAAAUACCUCCAGAGGUUCCCAGUGAGUGGCCACCAGGCCUUGCACAGGAAGACAUUUAGCUACCAUGUAAUUAGUAAGUAAUGCAGAAGGUACCCCUGGCUGUCAUGUGCAUAGUGUUUAUAAUAUUGCAAUAAUAUAUUUUAUCUGUGGCAUGUGGGCAUGUUUACUGCCACUGGCGUAGGGAGACGCAUGCCAGGAGACUACACUUUCUACAAGAGGUUUGCCUCUGUGCUUUUCAGGAGACAAGCUGGGCUAGAGAAAUGGCCUUCAGAGUGUCAGGUGACUACAGUGGGUGCCCAGACAGGUGCUCCAGGGGGCAUGCCCAGGGAUUUUUCCCCCUCCAUGGGUGUGACCCGCCCUGGAGGCUGUUGCGAUCUCGUGGUGAUGCGCUUUGCUUGACUCUCCUCAGAGCUGCCUUGUGGGAAAAGUCAGAUUGCCUGAGGCCCCCUCUCCUACAGCUUUGUUAUCGCAAGGCCUGAACUUUCUAGAGAGACUACCUGGGGGUUGCCAUCAGGGCCCUGUCACUGGGGCCUGCUGCAGAAUUCCUUGGCUACCAUGAGGGUCCUGGCCUGGUGCCUCCCAGUUUACAAGCACACCCUUCAUCUCCAGUGACCCCUCUUACAAGCCCACCUGCAGUUCCAGGGUUGUGCCAUCAGCUCAGCUCUGAACUGACAGGCCAGAACUGUCUCUUGGGUCUCCGCACUGUUAAGGGAGGGUCAGCUUCUCCUGCUCCAGGCUGCUGGAUUUGGAGGGAGGGAGUGAGAAUGGCCUCAGAGCCCUGGCUCUUCUGAAAGCAACCUCCAGAGGAGGGCCGGGAGAGAGCAGGCCUUGUCCAUUGGCUACAUGCCCUUGGAGAUGAAGAGGAGAAGAAAUUCUUCCCUCCACAACCACAAAGUCAUGAACCAUCCUGGACCACUGUUCUCUUUGAGGGGACAGGUAGGUGGUCUGAGGUUUGCAUUUACCCUUGUGGGUUGGAGCACUAGCUUUUUGGUAGCCAGACAAGGCCCCCACCCAAGGUCUGGAUGGAGGACAGGUUCUCUGUAAAGGCCUGGCUUUGUUUGUAAAGCACUUUGAUGUCUUCCUGGGGGCUUUCUCUUCAGGGGCUCCCUGCUCUCCCGUCAUCUGCCCCUGAGCCCGGAGCAGGAAGGAAGGGCUGCUUCCAGCCCAGCUGUUUCUUCUUGAGGCUGCAAAGGAUUUGAAUGGUAUGGAGAGCAGGUGUGUGCCUAGGAAGAUUUCUGGGUGGUGCUGAGGGGGCACCUUUCUGAGUGUCUUCUGGACAUGUUACUCCUCCCAGUGGUGCCGAAGGUUUGCGUCUCGGAUUCAGUGCUGCUGCAGUCUGUCCCCUCCGGUGCUCUGUGACUGUCAUGCCCGGGACUGGCAGCUUGGGGACCCUUCUGGGUACUGAUGGGACUCUGUUCUAAGAUGGGUACAUUCAGUGUUGGAAAUCCAUGUUGUACUUUGCUCUUCCCAUGCUCCUUGCCUGAGGGGUGACUUCAAACCUGAUUGGCAGACGUAGUGGCAAAUACUAUUGGGUGGGUGGGGCAGAGGCCUCAAGUGCAGGGAAAAGACCCCAUUUUUGGCAGUCUGAUGUAGGCUUCCUACCCUCCUCUCUCGAGCCUCUGUGGGAAAAGACUUGCUGGCCCUGCCCUGGACCAAGGAUGAAGCAGAGGGCAUUUGCCUUUGCCCCAGGUCUCCGAGCAGGCAUGUGCUGGCGACUACCAGAACAAGGAAUAUGAAAACAGUGCCACCAAAGGAUCUGAUCUGUUCCCCAUUAACACACUCCUCUGAAGUCCAGCAGAGCUACGGCUUAGCUUGGAUGUGUCCUUCACUCUAUAUGGUAGCAGACCUUGGAUGAGCAAAAUUUCCCAAGCAAAAACACUCCAGAAAGGAAAACUUGCCCACUCUUCUUUUUUUUUGUCCUUUAAAUUAAUCACAUUCUAAUAAAUAAGCUCUUUUAAAAAUCCACAUCAGAUGAGGGACACAUAAACAAGUGUUUUUCUUAUACCCAGAUUGCUUAGACUUAACGUGUGUUUGGAAACUGGGACCAACAGAAAAAUCCAGCAGUCAGAAUUGGAUCCCAAAAAUCUAAAGCACGUCCCAGCCCAGAGACUUAGGAAGCAUGAAUCAAAUUGUCCUUACUUAAAAUCAUGAUAAUGCAACAGAGACAGAGGGUUUGUGCCAAAUUCUAUGAACGGCCCUUUCUUAAAGACAAGCAAGGGAGAUCAACAGUGGACAAUUUGCUCUUGUGUUAAAAAGAAAAAAGGCAAAUGUAACUUAAUAGUUUUGUAAAUGGGAGAGGGGGAAUCUAUAAACUAUAAAUACAGUUAUUUUAUUUUUUGUACAUUUUUAAGAAGAAAAAUAAAUAUUCAUCACAUCAGAGUAAA